AUGGGCUGGCCAUCAUGCAAUGCAACUUUAGAAAAUGAGACCAUCUCCGAGGAGGCUCUCUGGGAUGGAGGCCUCACUUUCCAUAAGCUUUCUCUCAUCAUCGGUGGUGCUUUUGCCCUCAUCGCUAUCGCUGUCUCGGCCUAUUUGAUUAUGAGACAUGCCACUCACUACAGCAAACCAAUUGAACAGCGACAUAUUAUUCGUAUUCUGUUUAUGGUCCCCAUCUACUCGAUCGUCGCAUGGCUCAGCAUCUUCAUCUACAAAAAGGAGGUUUAUUUCUCGGUGCUCGGCGAUUGCUACGAAGCGUUUGCGAUUUCCGCCUUCUUCUCACUGCUCUGUCACUACAUUGCGCCCGAUCUACAUAGCCAGAAGGAUUAUUUCCGCGGGAUCAAACCAAAGGAUUGGGUCUGGCCCAUGAACUGGAUGCAAAAAUGUUGCGGCGGGAAGCAUGGGAUAUGGCGGACCCCGCGCAGUGGACUGACGUGGUUUAAUAUUAUUUGGACCGGUGUGUUUCAAUACUGUCUUUUUCGUGUGCUCAUGACCAUUGUCGCCGUCAUCACGGAGCAUUUCAAUGUGUACUGCGAGGAGUCGAACAGUCCUGCUUUUGCGCAUAUCUGGGUUGUGGCUGUUGAGUGUGUUGCAGUCUCCAUUGCAAUGUACUGUUUGAUUCAGUUCUAUGUCCAAGUUCGCGACGACAUCUCUGAGUACCGUCCCUUCUUGAAAAUUCUCGCCAUCAAGCUAGUAAUUUUCCUGUCUUUCUGGCAAUCGAUUGUGAUUACGCUUCUUUACUCUGCCGGCGUUAUAAAAGCCACCAAAAAGAUUGCAGCAUUGGAUUUCAAGGUUGGGCUACCAAACCUCCUCAUUUCUAUUGAGAUGGCCCUUUUUGCCAUCCUGCACAUAUGGGCAUUUUCGUGGAAGCCUUACUCUGUCGGACGUGUUGCGACAGCCGAAGUGACCGACUUCUACGGCAAUGGAAAGAUGACCUACCACGGCGGACGUUUCGGUGAGAAAGCGUUCAUCGAUGCCCUCAACCCAUUGGAUCUGUUAAAGGCCAUCGGUCGCGGCUUCCGCUGGCUUUUCGUGGGUCGAAAGAGGCGGACGAUGGAUCCCAGCUACCAUGUCCCCGAAGCGAUCGGCCUUGGCAAUGCAGAUACGCCAGGAGAAAAUGGCAGUACUUCCUAUCAAGGCGCAGGUGGUGCUAUGAUGACUGGUGGUAGACCAGACCGCUACGGUUCUUCGCCUGAUGAAGAGGGAGAGGUUCUCCUAUCUCACCCACAACCGACUGGAUAUGGGCCGCAUGGAGGUGAUGUCUGGUUGACACCGUCGCCUUACGAAGAGGAUGAGCAUAAUGGACGUUUCUACUCCCCCAACAAUCGACUUAGCGGCCAUUCCAUGUUAGAGCCUACAUCGCAUUCGCCACGACCAUACUCACCCUACGAUGACUUGAACAACCCCUACCUGGUGCCAUCUGACCACGGUGAUGACAUGCAUCAUCACGAUUUGGACCAACCCCACGCGCAAGAAACCGGUGUUGUCUAUCCAACGCAUUCGCUGCAGGAGCAGGUGCCCAUUCCCAUGCCCGAAUCGUAUCAGCCACCACCGCUCUAUGACGAUGAUCACCAUGUUCGGAGAUAA